AUGAAGUUCAUAGUGCUCUUCUUCUUGGUUAUUGUUGCCGUCUUCGCCAAACCACAGCACCCGUUUGCAAGAAUAUUCCAGAAAUCAAAUCAACUUGCGGAUGAUUGUAAGGAUAUUGGAACCAAUUGUCUGAACUGGGCUCGCAACGGAUUCUGUACAAACUGUAAUUGGACAUGUGAACAACGUCGUCAUUACUGUGAGAGAACUUGUGGAUUCUGUCAUCCAGAUUAUAAAUGUAACGAGACAUGUCCAACAUUCCCACCAAUGAAAUCAGAGUUACUGACGGAAGAGGAGAUUCGAAAAUUGGAUCAAUGA